GGUAACUGAGGAGUGCUGUGCCUGGCUGUGUCUGCUGCAACAUUGAUCAACACAGCAACCUUGACCAGUCUGAGGGGUGGAGACAACCACAUUAAUAAAUGGUCUGACCCAUAGCAUUUAGUGUUAUAUCUGGAGAGGAUUACUCUAUGUGGAGAUGCAGCAGCUGGAGACACGUCAAAGGUGGGCGGGGCCCACUUGUAAGGUUUGCCAGGCGCCCACAUGCUGCAACAGUUGUCUGGUUGUGUGCUUCCGGAGACAUGCUCGAUGUUAUGAUCACCCCAAGAUCUUCCUCCUUGAGUGAGUUCGCCGAGUGGCAAGACUUGAUAGCUGUCGUCAGGAAGGAUGAGUCAAGAAUUCGAAGAUAGGUUCUUGCAUUGUCUUCACACAGAUCUUCCUCCUCCGCUGCCCAGGCAGGCCAGAGACAUGGACUACCCAUCCUGUGAACUGAGGCAGAGAGAUGGACCGGAGGCUGUGUCCAGCAGGAGGCUAGGUGUGGGAGAGUCCCUGGCUGGAUCAGCCUUGCUGCAGCUCGCCUCUAAUAUAAUUCCCAUCAUGACUGGGAUUGCCCCGUCCUCCAGGACUAAAGCAGCCACCGCCAGAACAUUGAAAUCUUCAAGGGGACCUAGUCUGUGCUCUUUUGCCCCUUCGUCAGCGAGAUUCUCUGCCACCAACUCAUUUACAUCUGGAAAAAGUCAGAAGGAUAAAACUCGAUCAAAAAAGUUGAAGGCUAAAUCAGUGACAGUAAAAGGAGAAAGAGACUCCAUGUUAGUCGUGUCCGUAAAUGAAGAUGGUGAUAGAACAAGUGCAUUAAGCACUCGUGGAGAGCAAGAUUACCAGGAGGCAAACAGCGCCAUUUGCAAAGUGGGAUCUGCACGGCCCAUGCAUUGUAAGAAGGAACUGGAAGAAACGAAGAAUCUGAAAUGCAAAAUAAUUCGUGAGAAAUGUUUUUAUGUAUCGAGGGAGGUGAACCCAGAUGGACGACACAUUGAGAAUGUUGUGGCUGAGUCUUCACGACCUAUGGAAAGCUUCAGAGAAGAGAGCAAGGAGCACGUAUAUGAAGAUCCAGAAUUCUUUCUUAAAGAAGAUAUUGACAGGUUAGUAUGCCAUCAAACCCGAAUACAAGCUCGGUCAACAGAAGCGAGACAGAAACCUAACUGUGUACCUCCAAAAUCAUUCAAUACAGGUAUUGAUUCACAACAAAAUGAAAGGAAGACGGCCAUAAGAAAAUCUGCCCCCGCGAAGCCACCUCGAAACAGCAGUUGCGGAUAUAUUCAUCCACCAAACAAGGAAAUAGGCAACCACGGAAACGAGGACACCUUCGCAGUAAAAUCCAGAAAGGGGUGACCGUGGCUAUAAGAGAUGGCAAGCUAAGUGACUCUAGGAAAAUUUCCUGCAGGACUUUUGAUGGAAAGUCUGCAGGUUUUGAAUCUCUCGUUAAACCUGAAUUAAAUAUCGGUAAUAACAUCAGACCAGCAAUAAGCAUUAACAAAUUGAAAACAGAUGAAAAAAUGGAAUCUAUACCUAGUUGUUCUACACAAAAUGUCUAUUAUUUUGGAGCGGAGAUGCGAGGCUCUAGUUCCUCAUCUCUUAGGAAUAUGAUAGUUUCUAGGCCUCCAGAUAAAGAACUUCGACGCCGGAAUAGCCGGUCUCUCAGUCCUUCCAGACCACCUGACGAAGGACUUCGAAGAAGAAACAGCCGAUCUCUUAGCCCUUCCAGACCACCAGGCACACCAUUUCAGUGCCAAAAGAAUCCGUCUCGCAGCACUUCCAGACCAUCCAACGAAGUAAUUAAACGCCGGAAUAGCAGGUCUCUCAGCCCAUCGAAACCACUUGACAACCUUCUUAGACGUCGAAACAGCCGGUCUCUCAGCCCUGUCGGACCAUCCUGCAUGGCAGUUCGACGUCGUGAGAGCUGGUCUCUCAGUUCUUCCAAGAAAUGGAAGAAAGAAGAAGUAGGUGAGCGCAGCAAGACCUCUUCACAGGGAAGGAAAAUAAACAUCACCCUCAGGGCAAAACCUGAGUUCAAGAUGUCGAUCAGAACACCACUGGGAAGUGUAGAGGUAUCAGGAGAGGUGGUGGUGGUGGUUGUUCUGUAAGAGAGUGCUCUAGAUAUCGCAACCAUCAGCGUGUAAGACGAUCUUCCUCUUCAUCUCCUGUCGUGUUGCACAGAGACAUGCCGCAUCCCACCAGGACACGUCGCAGACUCUCCCAUUCUCCCACACCGCAGCUUCAACGAUGUUAAUCUACGCUGUUACUGUCCUAGACAGUGGUCAAUGUUAUAAUAUCAAAGUAGUAAAAAAUAGUGAGGGAGAAGGCUAUCCAGUUUUUAUCUCUACCAAUUUUAACCAUAAAUCACACAAGAGCAGUGUGCCUCGUUGCAACAGCCUGGAUACACCUCCCUCGCGAUUAAAGUCAUAUAUCUUCGCCUCUCUGGUCUCCGCUUGUCACCAGUUGUCCGAGGUAUUGAACGGACGACCAGGAGCUGUUACACUUGUACAUUUAGCGAGUUCCAUGUAAAACAAAAAUAAUAUAGACCAAGAAAAUGCUACUGUCAACACGACCUUUGCCAUAGAUAAAUUAAUUUGUUUUUAUUUCUUUUUAUAUUAAAAUAAGUCUUUUAAAAUGUAUAUACAUAUACUGUAUAUUUAUAAACCAAUAAAACUCCUAGCAAGCAA